CUCUAUGGAGAAAUGUCAUUCACCGACAACAAUUAAAAAAUGUCGGAAUCGUGUCAAGACGGUAAUUGUCAAGGAAUUAACGAUUAUGGGCCCGACGAAUCACCUACGAAACUUAUCGUCAAUUAUAUUCCUGAAGUUAUGACCCAGGAUAUGAUGUUUUCACUAUUUUCGACAAUGGGUAAAUUGGAAAGUUGUAAACUUAUAGCGAACCGAGGCUAUGGGUUCGUGGAGUACACUUGUCCUGAGGAUGCAAUAAAAGCAAGGAAGGCGUUUAACGGCCUCCUGAUGCAGAAUAAGACGCUCAAAGUGUCGCAUGCACUCCUCAACCCGGAACUGAAGCCGCCGUCGAAACCGGAAGCAGACUGGAACCUCUACGUGUGUAACCUGCCCAAUGAACUGACCUUGCAGGAUUUACAUGGUCUAUUUGCACAAUUUGGUAAAAUAGUUAAUUCCCGUAUAGCGGCAGGUAUAGCAUUCGUUUUAUAUGAACACCAAUAUGAAGCGGAGAGAGCCAUUCAAAAUAUUAAUGGUUCAACUCCGCCUGGAUUUUUACACCCGUUAACUGUUAAGUAUGCUAAUAAGAGUAAUCCAAAUAAACAUAAAAACCUUAACAAUAAUUUUACUAAGAAUUCCUUGGUGAAGCCUUAUCAUUGGAUUAAUCAUAUGGGUGCUAUGGGUGACCACAACUCUCCGAGUACAUGGUCUAUUUAUAUUUAUAAUAUUGCUCCAGAGGUGGAAGAGUUGACUCUGUGGCAGUUGUUCGGUCCUUAUGGUGCUAUUGUGUCGGUUAAGAUAAUUAAAGACCAUCAAACUAAUAAGAGUAAAGGAUUUGGAUUUGUGACUAUGCGAAAUUAUGACCAAGCCGCGAUGGCGAUACAAGCAUUAAAUGGCUAUGUUCUUCAUGGCCAACCUCUCUCUGUGAGUUUCAAAACACAAAAAAGAUAAUGCUGCGAAGAAAGACUUGAACAAACAAUAUCAAUACAGUAAUUAAUAGACGAAAAGAAAUCAUUAUCAUUAAUUGGCAUUGACAUACACUGCAUCGAAAUAGUCCUGAAUUCUGAUUAUUAUUAUUAUGUACACUAACUAUUUGUGAAGUCGACAUUUGUUGAAAAUAUUUUAUUACUUUGAGCUAUCGACAUUGUUAAGUUUGUUUCUUAUUAUGAAUAAUAAUUUAUUCAGUUUGCUCGUUAAAUGUUUCAAGUUUACUAGAAGUUUAAGAUUUGUAUUGAAAGUGAUUGUUGUUUGGAAGUUCAACAUCAGCUGUAAGCUAUAAAGCUUUCAUUAUUUUUAUCUAUUAUUUAAGUAUAAUAAACCAUUUUAAACAAAGUGCUUUUACAAGAUCUUACUAAUUGAUAAGCCACAUUGAGAUGUUUAAUCAGCUACUAGUUUUAGUUGUACACUUUUUUAUAACAUGAUGUCUAUUUAGGUAGUGAAACGAAAUCUAGAUUAUAUCAUAUUUAUACAUUUAGUAUAAAAUUUGCUGAAUUAAAGUUCAUUUUCACAAUUUUAA